UUGUAUUCUGUCUUUGAUUCUGCCUCCUCCGCCAUGUCUGCCGAAACCGAGAACCGCCCGCACUCUCCCGAAGCGGCACCGUCGCAAGCUAUUGGUGCAAAGCCUGAGCCCGCCCGCGCUCUCUCGGCGGCUUCCACCACCUCCCAAGGCUCCAGCACCGAUGCCAACUCCCGAGACUCGCUAGGCAGCGAGCUGUCUUCUCGCAUGACCCGGCGCCGAGGCUUCAUGCGGCCUCAGGGCACCGACUUUGCGGCCAGCGCCAAGUCCCGCGAGAGCGUGAUGAGCUUGGGCAGUAUUGCACACCUGCAGUAUUACUUUGCCCGAACUGGCCUGCUUGAUGGCAAAGGCGGACAACUAGCUCGGAAGAAGCAGCCACGAGCGACUCUGGAUCUGGCAGUCUUGGAGGGCACAGCGCCUAUGACGGUACAUACACCCACGACUGCGGGAUUCGACGUGGACCCCUCUUUUGUUUCCAUGGGCAGCAGCCCAGAUCUCUCUGGACAGGGGUUCAUCACCGACAAUGUCAUGGAAUCUCCCACGGGACUGGGCGAGAUGGACGACUUCUCCGACGACUUCGAGGAGGACCCUGACAUUCUCCCGCCCACAGUCAGCACAUACAACCACAGGCAAAAGGUCGUUCCUAAGCCCCCAACGGUGGCGGAGCUCAAGGCAGAGCUAGAGACCACGCUGCAAGAUGCUCUCAAGGUCCUGAAGGAGGCAAAGGCCCGGAAAGCAGGGUCAUUUCAUGCGCCCAGCGAUGCGCCUCAGUAUGCCAACAUGCCUGCAGAAAACACCCAGAGCUGGUACGAGCUGCAGGGUAUGAACAUCCUCGACUUCGUGACCUUGGCCAUCCGCGCCGCCAAAAAUUACUACACAGCCCACGAACUGCCUGACCGGCUGGACUCCAUCAAGUCGGAAAAACAGAUCCGGACAGAUCUUUUGGGCGUAAUGGAGGUGCUGAAACAGAUGGCCACCAGAAACUUCAAGGACGGCAUGAAGGACGAAGAGAUUGACACCAUGGUUGCUUGGAUUGAGAGUGUUUUUGACAUCCUCAAGAAGGAGGCCGCCAUCGAAGCAACGGAACAGGCCGAGCGACAGAGCUGGUCGUGGAUGACGGGCGACUGGGAAGGCAGAGAACUGGAGCGUGAACGACAAUUCCUCAUUUCCAUGGACCCCGACGACGAGCCGCUGCCCGAGUGGACGCCGGCUUCCAGCGCCGCGGAACAACCGACACCGUUUCUAGAGGCCAUGCAAAACGGACUUAGACUUGUGAGGCUGCACAACGCCGCAGUCAAGAAAUCCAGGAGGCGAUUCGGAGCGAUCCCAACCUUCCACGUCGACACGCAGAAGCCGUACCGGAGCGCCGAUAACCUCCGAUACUGGGCCAAGGCUGCCGAGCUGCGCUUCGAGUGCCACAUCUCCAUCGACGCCCUGGGCAUUGUGUACAACAAUGGCCCCCAAGUCUGGCUAGAUUUUGAAGCGGCCAUCCUAAGGUGGUGUGCGCAUGUGAGGGAAGAAAUCACAAACGAGUUGGUCUAA